AUGUUUCUUUUCAGAAAAUUAUUUCUCAUUUUCUACUUUUUAAUAUGGAUAUUGCAACACCAUGAUGAGUCAACUGCCUUUGGUAUGCAUUGCAAUGUGGGAAGCUCCAUAAACAUCUCACCAAAUGAAACAUUUGAUAGAGUGUUAAGAGUAAAAGAAAAAGAAUCGAACUCGAAAGAACAGAAGUAUGUGAACAUGCAAGAAAGAAUUAUAGAUCUGCUUGAUGAAGAUGAUGAGUCAUUCAGAGAUAGACUAAAUGCAUUCACACAUGAUGACUAUUUUCGGAAACAAUCUAACGCGUUAAUACGGGAACACGUCUCUCAAGAAGGGUGUAACAAGUUCAUUCUAGACAAGCCUUCUCAAAAACAUUUUAACAUAUUAAAUAGUAAUAAUAAUUUGGAGAAAAGCCCUUUUCUCAUCUCACCAAACACAAAUCACAAUAAUCAGGAUUAUUCUGAUCCCUUGAAAUUUUGUAACAAUUUGGAAGAAUUUUUUGACGAACUAAAGCAUCAUGAAGAGUGUAAUGCAAAAGCGAAGGGUGAAAUAAAACGAACGAAUAAUUUUAGGAGAGAAUUAACCAAUGAAGUAGAGGAUUAUAUUCCUUCUAAAUUAGAAGAUGAUAUUUUCCAAGGAUCUAUUGAUAGUUAUAUGUAUGGAGAAUUAGUGAAAUCAAGGAGAAGAUUAACAGGACUCAUUCUCUUAAAAGAAGUAUAUAAAAUGUUGAAAGCAGAAAUGAAAUUUUUUUUAAAAAAAAAAGCAGCUGGUCGUUAUGCCCAUAAAGGUCGGGACACCAGAGGGAAGUUCUUUUCAUUUAUAGACAAAUACAAUGUAUUUAUUCCUAUUUUGCUUUUUAUCCUAACCAUUUAUUUAGCAAUUCCAAUUAUUAUUUUUGGUGCAGUUGUAUUUCAACCGGCCAUCUUAGCCCUAUUUUCAUUAGCAGGAAACUUCCUCGGCUUUCUACCGUUAAUAAUUCCUGUAGUAGUAAUCGUAAGGCUAUGCAUUUAA